CUGGACCGAUCAGCUUGUCCUUGAAGAGAUCAAAGCUGUAGUUAUAGAUGUGUGAAAUCCCUGAAAAAAGCAAACCAGUCAUCCCCAAUUUGACCUGCAAUGAAACAUACCGAGCUUCAUAUCAGUUGGAAGAAGGACAUGCCAAGUGGAUAGAUACACUGGCGGAUCUCGAGACAUGUCUUGCAACCAGACAGGGACCCUGAGCAGAUUGAAAAGUAAUGAGUCAGCGCACACGAAUGCACAAGACACCUUUGAAAACAUUAUAAAAAUAUUAAGAAAAGGUACUCCACUGGCUUUGGCAGCAUCUUCCGCCAUUUCUGGCGGCUUAACCACCUCCAAAAAGUGCGGCAAUAGUUAGUCUCGCUGCUGGCAUCAAGGUUGUCCACCAGGUCUUUCAAGUUUCGCCUGAGAGAAAGCGCGAAGCAAAGCAAAUGGAACAACCAUGCAUGACUCACAAGAACCAUCGCCACCAUGAUUCGGCAAGCAUCGCCCUGGAAGCCUCUUCCGCAGAAUAAGGAAGAGCGAAACAAUGGUUGUAACCCUCACCUUGCCCAAAAGUAAUGAUUGAAAGCCCUAUGCAAUGAUCAGCUGGCAAGAAGCAAGUUCAGUUGAGAUUCUGUCCGAGUCAAAGUGAGAUACUCCUCCACCAGGUCCAUUGGUCCAUCAAGCGCGCAGGUUUAAAGCUUUGUUUGGACAGUGUAACCUUUCUUGUAAAGAAUGUAAGUUGACAAGAUCAAACACAGUUUAUUUUAAAAAAACAAUGAAAUGGGUUUAGUGCAACCAUUGAAAAGGAAACCAUAUAGCCAAUGUGAUCCAACUUGCAAAGAGAAUCAGGCUCACCUGCUAUGUAUAUAUGUUAUCUUGUUUUGUCCACCCCAACUGUUAGCAUGCCACCAUCCGUGAGUUCAAGCACCUGCUGAAGGACUUGCAGCCUUGCAAUGACGAGGUCACGCGAAGGCUAACGACGAUGGACGUGGUUUUCGAGCUGCAGACCUUGGACGAUCAGAAGACGCAGGUUGAAGCAGGCAUAUCCGCUGGUGUGGAGGUGCAGGUGCUGUUCACGCCUGUGAAGCCGGUGGAAUGUCCUACCCAAUGGUCCGCUGGUUGUGAACCAACUGAAAACUUGCGCUUGGUGAAAAUCCCCAGUGGGGCAACGAGGAUCGCUGAUUUUGCCUUUUCUCGGUGCGAAGCAUUGGUGAAAGUGGAGAUCCCCAACACAGUGACUGUCAAACUGCACCCGACUCCUUGAAGCAACUCUUGUGUGACUCGCAUUGCGGCCUUUGCCUUUCGUGGCUGCUGCAGCCUGACAAAGUUGGACAUCCCGACCUCCGUCACUUCGAUUGAACUGGGUGCCUUUCAAGGAUGCGCCUCCUUGAGAAAACUAUUGAUUCCCAACUCCGUGUCUUGUGUGGAGGAGGCCACCUUCAAGGGCUGUCGCUCAUGGAGCGAAGUGAUCAUUCCCAACACUGUGACGCGCAUUGAAGAUGAGGCCUUCUAUGAUUGCAGCGCGUUGACGAAGCUGACGAUUCCCGACUCGGUCACUGUGAUUGGAGCUGAAGCUUUCAGGGGUUGCAGCUCCUUACAAGACGUUGCACUCCCAUUCUCGGUCACAGACGUGGCAGACAGUGCCUUUCCACCGUGCGUCACUGUGAUUGAAGCGUCGUCCAUCCCAAGAAGUCUACGAAGAUUGCUGGCAAACUUGAGUUUCUUCACACGGAUCACUUGCCAAUGAUCCCUUUUUUGUGACCCCUAAUGGCGUGCGGCGCACCAUUGGCAUAUAAGUUAUGUGAUGCUAAUUGAUGCUAUGUGUUUACAUUCAGCACUCACACCUUCUGGAUGUUGGGUCAAGUCGUUUGUAUUUGGCCCUUUUGAGCGCCGGAGAAGCUAGCUAAGCACGUGGCUUGCAGCCAUAGAAUCUGUGAAGUGGCAAGCAAAUCUCCCCAAAACGCCAUGUGAAUCUCUGUGAACUACUCUCACACAAAGUUGUCUUUCACAAGAUUGCUGACAAAGCUGAUAUCGGACAUAGAGCCGCCGGGACAGUCUUGAAACCGCAACGCAACUGCUGCUUCAAAAGGGCUACAGAAAAGAGCCGUGUGACCAGAGGCUGCCAGUUGUGAGGCGAGGAUGCAUGGAACAGGCAGCAGCUUGAACAGGCAAAGCUUUUUCCUUGUCUGGAGGAAGAUCUGACCAGAUGUGGGAGCGCAGAGCAGCUACCGAGUGAGCAGGAUUCUAUAGCCCCAUGCAAAUGUGCAUGGGGUUAGCAUCGAGAAUGGGGAUCAGCCAUGUUUGGAGGUAGAUUGGAAAAGUAUUGGGUGAAGUACUUAUUGCAGGCCUGCCAUGUGUUCAAUCACCUCCACCUCCACCUGUUUUCCCUUGAAAUCCCACGCAAAGCUACCCCCCAUCAUUUUGUUCAUCUCUCACUGCUCACACAGCUUGCCACCGUCACGGUCUGCUCUUCUCAAUCCAAAAUGACAUCACACACGGCUCGCCUCUCAGCCGAAGCCAUCCAGCCCCGACCUCCCAGCACUGCAGCACCUCCCAGGCCGUAGCGUGCAGUCGUCCUUACACGACGUGUGCCACGUGGUGGGCAGCUCCAUGGCCUUCGCAGCGCUGCGCCGCGAUGGCACCUGCGUGGCCUGGGGCAUGCCACGCGGCGGCGGCAAGACCUGCGAGGCGCUGGAGAGCUCUGGGGAGGUCCGAGAGCUCUGUGCCACGGAGUACGCCUUCGCCGCCCUGACGUCCGACGGUCGCGUCGUGGCCUGGGGCGAUCCGGACCACGGGGGCGACUGCACGUCGGUGGCCGAUCACCUGGUGAAUGUCCACCACCUCCGUGCCAACGAGGGCGCCUUCUGUGCCGUGCGUCACGACGGCCGUGCGAUCUGCUGGGGCGGCAUCAGCGGAGGUGGCGAAGAAUUGGAGGGCGUGGUGGAGGUCUACGCCUGUGAAGGCUCCUUCUGUGCCCUGCUGGCCGAUGGCCGUGCCCAGUCCUGGGGCGCCUGCGAGAGCAGCGCCGUGCAGGAUCAGCUCAUUGACGUCCUGGAGAUCACUUCCACACAACUGGCCUUUGCAGCCCUCAAGCGCGACGGCAGCGUCGUCGCGUGGGGCCCCUGGUACGCGGGCGGCGAUUGCAGCACCGUUGAGGAGCUGAACAACGUCCAGCAGCUUUGCGCCACGAGCGCUGCGUUUGCGGCGCUGAAGGCGGAUGGUUCCGUCGUGUGCUGGGGCAGCUCCAAGCAAGGUGGAGACCUCACGCAGGUCAUCGGCGACGUGGAGCAUCUCCGCGCCACGGAGGCCGCCUUCGCGGCGCUGCACCGCGACGGCACCGUGAGCGCCUGGGGGUUGGGCGCCUGCGGCGGCGACGUGUCGCAGGUCCAGGACUUAUUGAGAGAUGUGCAAGAGAUUUGCUGAAUUACAUCGCCUGAUCCCCUCACAAAUGUGGCGGCUGGCGAACUCUGACUUAGAGCAGGUGGAGGAAGCCCAUUAGGUUGCAAGUAUUGGCCGACGACCCCC